AUGGAUGCGGGACCGCCCAACCUUCGUGUCACGAUCAUUGCCGCCGAUGGGCUCUAUAAGCGCGAUGUCUUCAGAUUUCCCGACCCUUUCGCCGUUGCCACGAUCAAUGGCGAGCAGACACGGACGACUAAUGUCUGUAAGAAGACGCUUAACCCCUAUUGGAAUGAGAGCUUCGAUAUGAGAGUGACCGAGGACAGCGUGCUCGCCGUACAGAUAUUUGACCAGAAGAAGUUCAAAAAGAAGGACCAGGGGUUCCUAGGUGUCAUCAAUAUCCGCAUAGGCAGUGUUAUCGACCUGGAAGCUGGCGGUGAUGAAAUGCUGACACGGGACCUGAAAAAGUCAAACGACAACAUGGUGGUACAUGGGAAACUGAUCCUGAACCUAUCUACAAAUCUAAGCACCCCGCCUCCGCCGCCUGGGAGUGCUCCAAAUGGGGUUGGUUCCGGCCGUCCCUCUGUUCCCGCUACACAUUCUGCGCAAUCAUCCAUCAAUGGUCUCGGUGCUUCGAGUUCGAGUACGGCAGCUGUGUCCACGCCGAUACAACCCACCCAGAACCUUCAUCCCUCCGACGUGUAUCCCGGACAGCGACCCCAUCUGCCAGCUCAGCCCACGCCCCAACGCCUCAGUCAGCCUACACCUGCUCUACCGACAAACGCGAUGGCGCCGACGGCGCCGACACAAAACGGGACAACCUCCACCACCAACCCGAACGCGCAGUACAGCGCCUUUGAGGAUGCUCAUGGGCGUCUGCCUCCGGGCUGGGAGCGCAGGGAAGACCACCUAGGCAGGACAUAUUACGUCGACCACAAUACCAGACAAACAACUUGGAUACGGCCUGGAGCCAGCUUUAAUGAGAGCGAGCAACGGACCGCGUUGGCUGCUCAAACCCAACGCGAGCGCACGCAGCACCAAAAUCGUAUGUUGCCGGAGGACCGUACGGGAGCCAACUCGCCUACCUUGUCAGAACGUCAGCCCUCACCCGCGGCCUCCUCCACUGCGGUAUCUAUGAUGGCUACCGGAGCGACAACUGCCGGCACAGGAGAGCUGCCCGCUGGUUGGGAGCAACGACAUACCCCUGAAGGCAGGCCAUACUUUGUGGAUCACAAUACCCGCACCACUACCUGGGUUGACCCUCGCCGCCAACAGUACAUCCGGAUGUACGGUGGACAAAACGCGAGCAGCAGCACUAUUCAGCAACAACCGGUAUCUCAACUCGGACCACUGCCGUCGGGAUGGGAGAUGCGUCUUACCAAUACGGCUAGAGUAUACUUUGUAGACCACAACACCAAGACGACCACCUGGGACGACCCCCGCUUACCGUCCUCGCUCGACCAGAAUGUACCCCAGUAUAAGCGUGAUUUCCGCCGGAAGCUGAUUUAUUUCCGGUCGCAGCCGGCACUCCGCAUCGUUUCAGGGCAAUGUCAUGUUAAGGUUAGACGAAAUCACAUCUUCGAAGAUUCAUAUCAUGAGAUCAUGCGGCAAAGCGCUGCUGAUCUGAAAAAACGGUUGAUGAUCAAGUUUGAUGGCGAAGAUGGUCUUGAUUAUGGCGGUCUUUCUCGCGAAUUUUUCUUCCUGCUCUCACACGAGAUGUUUAACCCAUUCUACUGCUUAUUCGAGUACUCGGCACACGACAAUUAUACCCUGCAAAUCAACCCGCAUUCCGGCAUUAAUCCCGAGCAUCUCAACUACUUCAAGUUCAUUGGGCGCGUUGUCGGGUUAGCCAUCUUCCACCGCAGAUUUUUGGAUGCAUUCUUCAUUGGAGCGUUCUACAAGAUGAUUUUGAGAAAGAAGGUCACACUGCAGGAUAUGGAGGGUGUGGAUGCCGACUUCCACAGAAAUCUAGAGUGGAUGCUGAACAAUGACAUCACGGAUGCGCUGGAGCUUACCUUUUCGACGGAAGACGAGCGGUUUGGCGAGACUGUCACCAUUGAGCUGAAGCCUGGAGGGGAGCACAUUGAGGUGACGAAUGAGAAUAAGCAGGAAUACGUCAAUCUCAUCACCGAGUGGCGCAUCCAGAAACGAGUGGAGGAACAGUUCCAGGCGUUUAUCUCUGGCUUCAACGAACUGAUUCCCCCGGACCUAAUCAACGUUUUCGAUGAACGCGAACUUGAACUCCUGAUUGGCGGUAUUGCGGACAUUGACGUGGAUGACUGGAAGAAGCACACAGAUUACCGGGGCUACACGGAAAACGAUGAAGUGAUUCAAAACUUCUGGAAGUGCAUUCGGAGCUGGGAUGCAGAGCAGAAGUCGAGAUUACUGCAGUUUGCGACGGGUACCUCCAGAAUCCCGGUCAAUGGUUUCAAAGAUCUGCAAGGUAGCGACGGACCGAGAAGGUUUACGAUUGAGAAGGCGGGAGAGAUCAAUCAGUUGCCGAAGUCACAUACUUGCUUCAACCGGCUCGAUCUUCCACCAUAUAAGACGUAUGAAGCGCUGAAUCAGAAACUGACGAUCGCGGUGGAGGAGACUGUCGGGUUUGGACAGGAGUAG